AUGAAUCUACCGACAAGAGCUUCUGGUGAGCGAACGUAAAGUCACGAUGGAACGAAACGUCGAAGCUCAAAUCUUCGACGACUUUUGCCUCGAAGCUGUCGUCCUCGUUUUUGGUGCGGUCUCGUUAACCACUCUUGGUUUCAUCGCUAUCAACAGUCACUCAGUCCUUGCCGGAGGCGAGCUGGGCCUCCAGCAGGUCCUCCUCGCAGUUCUCGUCUUCGGCAUUCUGCUGCGAGCAGGGCUAAUGGCGCUCGGAGUUGAAAAGUUCGACCUCGAGCAGUUCUCGGGACCUCUCUUCUUCCUGCUGUGGCACUGUAUCCUCCUCCUAUAGGAUGAGCCAACUUUUCUUCCCUUCCUCUUUCAGCUUGACGUCCUUGUCUGACGUACUAGCUCUACUCACGUACCGCUGAUCCUUAUUCCCGCUUCCUGAGGUGUGCCGAUCAGUGCUGGUAUUCGUUCGUCGAUGUACAAUUCAGAGAGGAUGCAACGAUGCGACAACAGUUUGAAUGACUUACAUAACAAUAACAAUUCCUUAUACUU